AUAGGAGCGCGCGCAUAGGGGCACGGUGAUCCCGGCCGCGGGUGGGGAAAACCGCGCGGCCGGCGGCUGGCUCCGGGCGCGCGCCAGCAGGCCGCCUCUCCUAGCACUCGAGGCCGGCGCGCCCCGAACGCUCGCCUGGCCACUCCUACCCAGCCGGCGCAUCACAUCGCCAGGCCCCGAUGGCCCCCGAGACCGCGGCCCAGGGGCACACCCUGCGCUACUUCACCUGGGACGAGGUGGCGCAACGCUCCGGGCGCGAAAAGGAGCGGUGGCUGGUGAUCGAACGGAAGGUGUAUAACAUAAGCGAGUUCACCCGCCGGCACCCCGGAGGCUCCCGGGUUAUCAGCCAUUACGCUGGGCAGGAUGCUACGGAUCCCUUCGUGGCCUUCCACAUCAACAAGGGCCUCGUGAGGAAGUACAUGAACUCCCUCCUGAUUGGAGAGCUGUCUCCGGAGCAGCCCAGCUUUGAGCCCACCAAGAAUAAGGAGCUGACCGAUGAGUUCCGGGAGCUGCGGGCCACAGUGGAGAGGAUGGGCCUUAUGAAGGCCAACCACGGGUUCUUCCUGCUGUACCUGCUGCACAUCCUGCUGCUGGACGUGGCCGCCUGGCUCACUCUUUGGGUCUUUGGAACGUCUUUCGUGCCCUUCCUCCUUUGCGCGGUGCUGCUCAGCACGGUUCAGGCCCAGGCCGGCUGGCUGCAGCAUGACUUCGGACACCUGUCUGUCUUUAGCACCUCCAGAUGGAACCACCUGCUGCAUCAUUUCGUGAUCGGUCACCUGAAGGGGGCCCCUGCCAGCUGGUGGAACCACAUGCACUUCCAGCACCAUGCCAAGCCCAACUGCUUCCGCAAAGACCCUGACAUCAACAUGCACCCCUUCUUCUUUGCCCUGGGGAAGAUCCUCUCUGUGGAGCUUGGGAAGCAGAAGAAAAAGUACAUGCCAUACAACCACCAGCACAAGUACUUCUUCUUGAUCGGGCCCCCAGCCCUGCUGCCUCUCUACUUCCAGUGGUAUAUUUUCUAUUUUGUUGUCCAGCGGAAGAAGUGGGUGGACUUGGCCUGGAUGAUCACCUUCUACGUCCGCAUCUUCCUCACUUACGUGCCGCUGUUGGGAGUGAAAGGCUUCCUGGGCCUUUUCUUCAUGGUCAGGUUCCUGGAGAGCAACUGGUUUGUGUGGGUGACGCAGAUGAACCACAUUCCCAUGCACAUCGAUCGUGACCAGAACAGGGACUGGGUGUCCACCCAGCUCCAGGCGACGUGCAACGUCCACAAGUCUGCCUUCAAUGACUGGUUCAGUGGACAUCUCAACUUCCAGAUUGAGCACCACCUUUUCCCCACGAUGCCGCGGCACAACUACCACAAGGUGGCCCCCCUGGUGCAGUCCCUGUGUGCCAAGCAUGGCAUCGAGUACCAGUCCAAGCCCCUGCUCGCGGCCUUCGCCGACAUCGUCCACUCGCUGAAGGAGUCCGGGCAACUCUGGCUAGAUGCCUAUCUUCACCAGUAACAGCAGCCCCCACCUGGAAGAGGAGCCCCUGGAGCCAAGAGAGGGGAACCUGUGGGACAAAGCCACUACAGUUCUGAUAUCCAGAGGGGGUCUGUUUGAGAUAAAGGCUGUGGCUCAGACUCCUCCCCUUUGUCUUCAGCAGGAUGCAAAGAGGGAGGGAACACGCACAUUCUCUGCAAAAGGGAUGGAGCUGUUAGGGGAGGGGUGUGAGUUUUGUUUUUCCUUUCUUUGUGUGUCAGGUGCAGAUGGUUGGUGAGUUAAGAGGGCGUCAGGAAGCUGUUCGAAGAAUAGGGAGACCAGCUGAGCCCAGAAAUCAAGAGACUUAGCAGUAAAAUUCCAGCCAGUGCCUGGGAGCUCAGCUCCCUUCAGGGCUGUGCCCUGUUUGCCUCAGGCUACUGCAGAAGCAAGUUCUCCAUAUUUAGAAGUAAACAGGGCAAAGGCCAGGACUGUGGUGUUGAAGACACCUGCCCCCCCACCCCCACCCCCAAGGAUACUGCCACUGCUGAUUUUGGUCUCACGUUCCAUCUGAAGUACCAAGGGAGCAUUAGGUCCUGGGUCUUGCCGAAACAGUCAGCAGAGUGUUACUGGCCAUCAGAACUCCCUUCAGCUUUUGAUUCACCUCCUAACCAGCACGCGAGCGGCAAAACACUCCUAGACAGGGAGUGCACUUCUUGCUCUGUGAACAAAUGAGCAGAUAGGCAACUGAAUUUUCUCCUUAGAAACGAAGAAAGGCCUGCUAACGGUUCUCUUAGCUUCUCUGCCUCUAAUUCCAGGUUUAACGCAGUAGCAGUCAGUGAGCGGUCAUCAAGCUGGGAGACACUGAAUCACCAGUGACGAGGAAAACACAGGUUCACUCCUCAGGGAUGUAAGGGUGGAGAUAAGUUUUCUGAACACCCAUCGUGCGCAGCCUUACCGUAGAGCAGGACGAUGGAGUCAGUCACUGCAUAGUCCUACACCAGGAAGGGAAAGGCACACCCGGUUUGCGCUCAUCUGUUGCCGUCUUGGGCACUUAACUCUGUCAGUUCUGUUCAAGGAUCUUCCUCUGCUGGAGGCCAGGUAGGAAUUUAGGAUGAUCUCUUAUCAGUGUAAUACUGAAACACAAUUUUUACAAGAUCUUGUUUUUUUAAAAGAUAAAAACAGUCGGACCCAUCCCCAGAGAGCUACCAUAGGAGUGUGCCCCAGAGUCCCACCUCAACUCCAGGGCGCGCCAUCAGCACCCACCCCUCUCCCCACCCCCCACCAUGGCCCUUCAGUCCAGCCGAGAGGGUUCUUCGCCCUGUCUUCAUUGGAUGACAUCUGCCACAGGCACACUGAGCGUGUGGGACGCUGGUGGGAGGGACCUCAGACUGGAAGGUCACAGAACCCUGGGCGAGCUGUGCUCGGUGCUGGGAGAGAAAGGUAGCCAGGUAGGUCAGGGUGCUAAGGCGUGUUGGGACGGGACUAGAGGCACCGCCGAGGGAAUGGUGAUUACUCAGAGGUUUGUCGAAACAAAAGUUAACAAAACAGCCUUGCUGAGAACAGGUUGCAGAGGAGUUCAGGUCCUUUUCAUUUCAGCAGAACGUGGUUUAACUUACAAUUGAAGACUUCCACUCUCACCAGCCAAGUCCAGAUCCUCAGAGCACCUGUACCACGUGGCCCUCCUUCCUUGGCCUAGACCAGUGGGGUCUCAUGUGGCCGAAGGGCGGCACACCAGUGACAAAAGGCUCAGACUGCACGAGGGACAUCAAAUCUAAUGACCAGAAAACAGGCUUAGGACAAGUCACAGGUCACGGCAGAACUAAUAUUUGAAUUCACUCCUGAAAAACUCCAACUUUCCUGUUUGUCCCUGUUUUUUCUUACCACUUGGCCAGAGGCGUUUUCUUAAGCCCAGUAUCGCUGUCUUUUUGGUACGUGCCAACUUUGUUAACACAUUUUGAUGACGUAAAGCUGAAAAAUAAAGUUAAUUUUGACCCAGUGCA